AUGCAGCAAGUCCGGCCGGACGUGGAGCACCAGGUCGUCCAGCUCCGGGGGGAGCUGCGCAAGGUGCGCGACGAGCGGGACCGCGCGCACCGCGUCCUGGAGGUGACCGACGAGUGGAAGGCGCUGGCCUCGGCCACCGACCGCACUACGAUAGAGACGCUGGAGGCGGAGCUCAAGGCGUCGCGCGAGUCCGAGAAGCGGAUGCUCGACUCGCUGGCGCUGCAGACGAAGCAGCUCGAGCUCACCAAGAUAUCGCUCGAGGAAGCCAAGCUGGAGAUCGCGACGCAGCAGGACGCCGUCCGGAGGCUGGAGGGCGCCCGGACCCCCGUCGUCUCGACGCCGAGGAGCCGGCACGACCGCGACCUGCAGCGGGUCCACGGCGAGCUCCGGGUGGCGCUGGCGGCGGAGGAGAAGAGCAAGAAGGCGAUGGAGGAGUUCGUGAUGGCGCUCAAGGAGGUGAACGCGGAGCUGCACACGACGAAGCAGCAGCUGGCGCGCGCGCAGCACGAGGCGGAGACGGGCCGGCUGGAGGCGGACCGGCUGCACAUGUCGGGGAAGCGCAAGGACGAGAGGCUCCGGGCGGUGUCCGACGAGGUGGCGCGGCUCCGCGCGGAGGCCGAGGAGUCGUUCGCCGCGUGGCGGGGCAAGGAGGCCGGGUUCACGGCGUGCAUGAAGUCGACGGAGGCGGAGAUCGCCGAGGCGCGGCGCGAGAACGCGCGGCUCCUGGAGUCGCAGCGGUCGUGGCGCGCGGAGGUGGCCAAGCUGCGGGACAUCCUGAAGCAGGCCGUCCGGGACACCAAGGUGGCCAAGGAGGCGCUGGAGGAGGCGAGGGGCGAGAACGCGGUGCUCAGGACCAUGCUCGGCGACAAGGACACCGCCGUGAAGCGCACCAAGCAGGAGCUGGAGUGCCUCCGCAUCAGCGAGGCCGCGGCGCGGGACAGCGUCAAGGAGCUGCAGAGCAUGCUCGUGGCGACGUCGGCGAGCCCCACCGCGGCCGCCGCCGGGAAGCCGGACCUCGAGGAGAGCCCGUCUCCGCGCUUGAGGGUGGGACCGCCGGGGCUGGAGAAGUACCCGUCGGACUCGAAGAUCAGGCCGCCGGCCGGGAUCACGCGGCCGCGGCGGAUGUCGGAGACCUUCGAGGGGUCGGCGUACGAUAUCUUCGGGUCGAUGGACGAGCAGAAGGGCGGCGACCUGGGCGUGUUCUCGGGCAUGCCGAGGCUGCCGGGGCGGCGGCGGGUGGUGCUGCGCAAGGUCGGCAGUUUGUUCCGGUGGAAGAGCUUCACCAACAAAUAG